CGGGUUUAAUCGAGACUAAUUACACACUUUCAGACUGUUUUCCGUUCUUGUUAUCGCCGUUAUGUGCACUGACGCUUGGGGUCACAGUUUUAGAUCCUAGUACGAUGAACCGCAAAAGGGAAAAGGUGAAAUUGACAUGGCUGAAUAAGGCGGUGAACUCCCCCAGAAAGCUCAUGAAGAACAGUGUGGGUGUGGCACUGCCCACAUGCUGGGAUGGAGAUGGUCAGGAUAGUGGUAUGAGCGAGGCUUGCUCUCCUGGCCUGAACACAUCUACUGGGUCAGCUGGACUGGGCGACGUGGAAAACAUGCAUCUUACCACUCCAAAGCACUCUUCACGAAGUACACCUAAAUCACGCUUAAAAUUGACUGGACCCCACCGAGCACUCCGGAAAAAGAACAGUCCUGUUGAGGACACUGUUACAGGGCAACAAUCCUCUGUUGAGCCUUCACCUCUCUCUGCUGGGAAAAAACACAGGAGUCCAGAGGAUGGAUUGAAAGUCAUUUAUCUCAAGGCGCUGAAUGAUGCAGUGGGGAAUGCAGACAAAAAGUCAUCAUUUGGUGGGCCUAAAAGUCUAUUUGCGAAGAAAACCCCAGACAAACCUGUGAAGGCAGAGGAGGAGGAAAACUGCUCUGACCUUGAUUGCUGCUCAUUCAGUGAGAAGAGUGAACCAUUUUCUCUGUUCACGACUAAGGAUGAUGGGCCUCCCCCGCUGGAGAUCAUUGACACAGAAGAUGAAGGGGAAGAAAUAAAGCUGGACACCAGGAGUGUGAUCCUAAAGCGGCCCGAAUCGCCGGAUUGGUCGGAUGUUGAGGACUCGGAGCAGGUUGAAGUUUUCUCGCAGGAUGAGUCCUUUGAGCCAAAGGGGCAACAAACAAGGCUUGAGAGGGAUUGUGAGCUUGUGGACUUCAUUGACACUCCUCCACCAUUGGAACACAACCCUUACUCCUCUUCACCAGCAGCUUUAAAGCCUUCAACAUUCUCACAAGCCCUUUGGAAAUUAGAAUCUCAAGGGGCUGACACUACCCCAACCAUCCCAGCCAGGGAUGUGGAGCUGUGGUCAGAGCGUCCGCCUCAAACUACAGCCUCUGACCUCACAACCCCCAAGAACUAUUCGUGCUGUAUGUCAGUUAGGCGGUCCCUCAAAAUAAAGCACUCCAUCAUCAGCAGCUCUACUCUGGCCGAUCCUUCUCCCGGGCUCAGAAACAUCACCUACGCCCCCUUCACAUCUGAAAGCUGGGAUUGCUCUCCUCAUACUACACGCAGGACUUCAGAAUCUAAUUACGCAUCCUCACGGAUGCUUCUCGCUGCUGACAGUGACGCUCGCAGGGUGUCGGUUGGCUCGGAGCCUCUUUGGUUGUCAGAUUUGACCUACUCAAAUGCAGAUUCUGCAGGAUUUAUUGACACGCACUGUCACCUUGACAUGCUCUAUGGGAAGUUGGGUUUCCAGGGAAGCUUUCAAAGGUUUCGGCGCAAGUAUGCAAGUAGUUUCCCUUUGGAGUUUAGGGGCUGCAUCGCAGAUUUCUGCAACCCACGAAUCACAGAGAAAGAGGCCAUCUGGGAGGGGCUACUGGCAGAGGAGAAAGUGUGGGGUGCAUUUGGUUGCCACCCACAUUUUGCCAAAGAGUAUAACCACACUCAUGAGCAAAGCAUCAUGCGUGCUAUGCGUCACCCUAAGGCCAUUGCGUUUGGAGAGAUCGGUUUGGAUUACUCGCACAAGAAUUCCACAGACUCAAGGAAACAGAAAGAGGUGUUUGAACGGCAGUUGCAGUUGGCCGUCACUCUCAGGAAGCCUCUAGUCAUACAUUGCCGUGAUGCCGAUGAUGAUUUGCUGAAAAUUAUGAAGAAGUGUGUCCCCCGGGAUUACAAAAUACACAGACACUGUUUCACCAACAGCUACUCUGUGAUUGAGCCGUUCCUAAGUGAAUUCCCUAACCUGUGUGUGGGUUUCACUGGACUGGUGACGUACCAACGCGCUAUGGAGGUUCGAGACGCUGUGAAAAAAAUCCCACUCAACAGAAUCCUACUGGAGACCGAUGCACCAUAUUUCCUACCCAGACAGGUGCCCAAGUCCGUAUGCAGGUUUGCUCACCCUGGUAUGGGCAUACACACGCUGCGUGAGAUUAGUGUGCUGAAAGGAGAGCUGCUAACCACAGUGUUGCAAACAGUACGGCAGAACACUAGACACAUAUACGGACUGUGAUUGGAAACGCUGUGUUAAACUACUUAUUUUAUCAACUGAAGUCCUUCAAAAUCUUAGUCCUGCUAGCAGUUUAGUCUUGCAUCUUUGGCAUUUUUUUUUUCUUUUUCUUUUUUUUUUCUUUUUAAACCUUUUGCUUGUGUUUACAUAACAAUGUCUUCAAGAAUUGAUAUUCCAAUGUACUAUAGUGUGUGUUAGUAAGUGUAUGAGCAUUGCUACUUCAGUUUCUUACCGUGUUAUAGGGAAUUUCACAUCAGUUAAAACCGUUAGCAAUGAUACAUUUUAAUCUCUUCAGUUUUGUUUUAAUAUGGUUCUCUGUUCUCAGGUUUCUUUGGCCGUGUGUUUGCAUGCAUGCUUACAAGUUAUGUAUGCUUUUGAGACAUAAGUGACAUAAAAUGCCAUCUUGUGUUUUCCCUUAUAUUAGAAACCAGUCAUUUUCACAUGAAAAUGUAUGUAAAAAGAAAAUGUGAAGCAGAUUGUGAAAAACCACAACAAAUAGCUUUUACCAAGUUGUUGGUUUUAUAUAAAUGUAACUUUUGUUUAAAUAAAUGU